AUGUCGUCCUUGGCUUCACAAGCACCCAUUGCCAUCAUCGGAGCUGGGCCAGGAGGUCUAACCCUUGCACGUUUACUCCAAGUGCAUGACAUCAAUUACAUUGUAUACGAGCGAGAUGUUGACCCUAAACCCCGAUAUAUAAACCAAGGAGGCACUUUGGACAUCCAUGCUUUGUCGGGACAACUUGCACUCAAGGAGGGAGGACUCUUUGACAAGUUCAAAAGCAUUGCCCGUUGGGAAGGUACUAGAGUUUGCAUGCAGAACCCAUCCGGUACGGUCAAGUCGGUGUUUGGACAGGAUCGCGAUGCACCUGAGAUUGAUCGUCUGCAGCUUCGUCAGAUGCUGCUUGAUUCUAUUCCAACUAAUAAUAUCAAAUGGGGACACGGUAUAAGAAGUAUCAAGAAAGGAGUAACGCCUGCUGAGCACGUUGUAAACUUUGACAACAAUACCUCGGCCUCUGGUUUUCGUCUAAUUGUUGGCUGCGAUGGAGCAUGGAGCAAGGUUCGACCUCUUGUUACCUUAGUCAAGCCGGAGUACUCAGGCAAAGUGUUCAUCGAGGGAAGCAUCUCUCAUGAUAACCCCAGCUAUGCAGCGGCUGUUGACGACGCCGGACCAGGAGUCAUGUUAGCAAUGGGACAGCACAAGAUGCUGGCAGUUCAGCAGCUAGCUGAUCAUUCCUAUCGCUUUUAUGUCGGAAUGGACGCGCCCGAAGACCAACAUCAGAAACACUUGAACGUGGUUGAUACCGACAAGAUGCGCAAAGAGUUUCUAUCAUUACCAGGCUUCUUUGCGAAUUGGGCCCCAAAGCUCAAGAAAUAUCUUGCCAACGCCGAAGGUCCGUUUCACGCGUGGCAUUUAUAUCGAUUGCCGGUUUCCUCCCUUGCGUGGAACCGUGUUCCCGGUAUGACGCUUCUGGGAGACGCUGCUCAUGUUUCUACUCCUCUCGUUGGCGAAGGCGUGAACAUGGCAAUGCUCGACGCAUUGACGUUAUCAAAAGCUAUCGUCAAGUGCAACGAAAGACCUCAGAUUGGAGAAUCAGAAAAAUUAACAUUGGAAAACGCUCUUGAGGAAUAUGAGAAGGAAAUGCUUGAACGUGGUCGGGAUCACAUCUCGCGGUGCAUGGCCCGUGAAAAGAAAUUCUUUUCCGAGAAUGCUGCUGAGGACUUCAUUAACAUGAUUAACGUUAACGUUUUUGAGUACGGUUACAGAAGUCUUAUCGGGCUGACCCAACGCAGCAUGUAG